CGAUGUAUCUAACGUUUAUUUUGAAAAAAUUGGAAACCGGAAGAGGUGUUGACGCAGAUCUUAGCUGUCAACAACGCUGGUCAGGUCUACAUCUCUUACAGACGCCACACAGCCUACCGGGUGACCACAAAGGAACUGUACAAUUACGGAUUCUGGCCACUGCUCUGUGGAAGCUGCAGCUCUGUGUGCGUGGCCGUGUGUGUAUGUGUGCGUGUGUACCUGAGACAUCACUGUGCAGUGCGUGUGAGUAGGUGUUGUGUAGCACCGUUUCUGCAGCGUGUGUGUGAUGUCUUCAGAGCUGCUGGUAGAUUUGGGCGAAGACCCUGCGUCCCAGUUAGGACAGCUGAAGCUGGCCACAAUAGAGGACCAGCAGUGGCCCGCAGAUGAGUCUACUCUCAGCAAGUCAGAGACGGACCUCUCCCAGCGCUUCGAUGCUGGCUCUCCCCACCUGCCCUGGGACCAUCCCUUCUAUGACAUCGCCAGGCAUCAGAUCAUUGAAGUGGCAGGUGAUGAUAACUUUGGCAGGAAGGUGAUAGUGUUCAAUGCCUGCAGGAUGCCUCCACAUCACCAGCUGGACCAUCACAAGCUGCUGAUGUAUCUUAAAGGAACACUGGAUCAGUAUGUUGAAAGUGACUACACGCUGAUCUAUUUCCAUCAUGGCCUGACGAGUGAAAACAAACCAUCUCUGGGUUGGCUACGAGAUGCGUACAGGGAGUUUGAUAGAAAGUACAAGAAGAACAUCAAGGCUCUGUAUAUCGUCCAUCCCACCAUGUUCAUCAAGACUCUGCUGAUCCUCUUCAAACCAAUUAUCAGCUUCAAGUUUGGCAGGAAGAUCAACUACGUGAGCUACCUGAGUGAGCUGGAGGAUGUGGUGAAGUGUGAGCAGCUGAUAAUUCCUGCUCGUGUCAAAGAGUACGACAACAAGUUGAGAGCGUCUCUGAAACCAACCGCCCAGCCUCCCAUGUCUCCGCCUCGCAGCCCUCCCCUGCCCAACCAGAUGUUUGGUGUGCCACUUGCAGUGCUCAGACAGAGGAGUCCAGAUGGGGACUGUGUUCCUGUGGUGAUGAGAGACACCAUUUCCUUCCUCUCUGAGCAAGGUUUGGAGAUUGAGGGGAUCUUCAGACGGUCUGCCAACGUGACUCUGGUGAAGGAGGUCCAGCUCAAAUAUAACUCAGGUGCCACAGUGGAUUUCAGAGAGACUGAAGACGUCCACUUGGCUGCUGUGAUCCUGAAGACGUUCCUGAGGGAACUCCCCGAGCCUCUGCUGACCUACCAGCUCUACAACGACAUUGUCAACUUUGCUUCUGUACCCAGUGAGAGCCAGGUGACAGUUAUGAAGACACUGGUAGAGUCGCUGCCAGAGGAAAACUACACAUCACUGCGAUACCUCAUCACAUUCCUGGCCCAGGUAUCAGCCAACAGUGAAGUGAAUAAGAUGACCAACAGUAACCUGGCUGUGGUCUUCGGUCCGAACCUGCUCUGGGGGCGGGACAACGCCAUGUCACUCAGCGCCAUUGGGCCAAUCAACAACUUCACCAGAACCCUGCUGGAUCAGCAGCAUCUGGUCUUCACCUAAACUCCAGCCUGCGGUCUCUCUUCCAGUCAGAACCCCCACUGACACCCCGCCUGCCCCCACAGCAUUUAGCCUUGAGAUCAGCCCAGCUCCCGGCCAAUCAGGAGCUUCUUCGGGGUUCUUCUUUAACAACAGCACUUAGACAAGUCAACUUUAUCUGCUUUUUUUUUUUCUUCCGUUAAACACCGCACAAGAUCCUAUAAAGAUCCUGUGGACCAAUUACAUUUCAUUCGCCAGUCUUUGCAUUGCGAUUGGCCCAUUAACAGUGUCUUGUUGUCAAGUGGUACUACUAGCUUCUGGCCGCCUUUCCAUUUCCAUCUGACUCGUAGCUUCAGUGUAUGUUGACAGAAAUGAUACAUGUGUUUUUAUUACAGCUGAAUACAACCCUUAUAGAGCACAAAUUAAACAGCCAGUGAGUAGUUGAAGCGGAAAUAGACAACUUUUCAAGAAAUCUGUACCAGUGGCAGGGUGAACAGCAUAGUGAUGUGAAGCAAAAAGUUGUCUGUUGCUGGUUUAACUUACCAUCCAUUCACACUGGUUUCACUGUUGACUCCAGAGGCAGUGAUUUAUCCCCUGUAGUUGAAGGCAACGACAAAGUCUGUCCCUUUUCAGGACACAAAUGCGCCCAAGUAAAAUAUUCAUCGAUCAGAUUGGUCCCUGUGUGAAUAGAGUCUCACACAACCGCUGGCUUCAAUACAGGCAAAAUGCUGUGGCUCUUCCACCAUCCCUUUACACCUUACAAACCCUUCAGAGGUCCCAUUCCUAACUGCUGAUGUUUGUACUUGUAUUUUAGUGUGUCUCAGGCCCAACCUGAACACAGUCUGGUUAUCAUCUUUCAUCUCUAUAGGGAGAUUAAUAGCAGUUGGACUUAGACGUCCCCAGUCUUUCUCUGUAAAUCUGUCCUGUGCUGUUGUCAGUCAGUCCUCUGUGCUGUUUUCUAUUUAGUGCCAAAAGACAAAAACAAAACCUGGCCUCCAGCUUUCACAAAAAGACAGGAAGAGACGGAGAGGAGGAAAGAGGGGGGAGAUAACGCAUAUUGAAAAAUAGCCACCGAUAAUGAAACGGCGCGCUUACCAAACGUCCCCUCUGUAAUUAUGAACCCAAACUAAAGAGAGGACAGACGAAGAGAAUGGAGGUGUGAUCUCCAUGAAAGUCUCAGGUUAACUCGCAACCGGUGAACUUGGUACCAGAUGUUGACAAUCUAUGAAAUGCUGUGAUUAAAGUAAACAGUAGAAUAGGAGCGAUGUGGUUCUUCUAGUGGCUGAUGAAGUGUUAGAACCCAAACACAGCUGUGCAUGUGGAUUUUACGAGUGCUGGAUCUGGACCUGGUGUAGGUGUCAGACUUACUAACAGCGCUGUAAUAUACUGUGCUAUAUCCUGAUAGUUUAUGUAUGAUUCUUUAUAGCUCUGUCCUUACUCUAAUUGACACUUAAUAUUGUAUAAAUGAUAUUAUCUCGGGACUUCCAGACGUUUUCCCUGUCACAGCGUUAUUAUCGACUAAACUCUUCGUCAUUAUAGAAACUGUGAUUUUGUCAUGUCUCAUGGUAGCACAUCAGAGUAGCUGGUUUUUUUUUUUUUUUAUGGUACGGGAUAAACAGCUGAUAUAACUCCAUACGGUGAAGUCUAAUAUCAGUAAAGCUGUUCACUGGAAGUACCCAGGGCCUUCAUUUAAUUCUGGUGGUGAUUGCAGGCGUUCCACUUUUGCCAGUCAGGCUACCGGAGCAUCCAGUGGGCUUUACGGUAACAGGAACUCGGAAGCACAGAGAGGGAUCGUCUUUUAAAAGUACCCUAAACAGCCUGUUUGGUUAAUAUUUCUCUGUUAGCACGGUUAGAGUAUUGAUCAGAAAUUAUUUUUAUUGUGGAUUGAUCGAUCAUGAAGGUUGGUUUGUCUUUAGGGGGAGAUUCCUGUUGAAGAGCGAGAGGUUGGGGUCCUGUUCUAGCCAUGGAGCUAGCCUUAGCUUUUCUCUCUGUUGACGUACGUCCCUUUGGUAAGUCGUAUGAAUUUAUUUUUUAUACUUUUCUGCAUAGUUUUUUUUUUCACACCCUUAUGAAAACCAGCCUGAACUGCUCGUUUGCAUGGUGUAAACUACAAAUACGACUGCUGGCCGCUGUGUGUUCUCCCUCCACUACUGGGCAGCUCCUACACAUAAAGCAACAAGUGUCUUUAUUUAUUUAGAUUCCUUCCUCACAUAGCAGAGAAUAUCCCUUCAACAGGUUACAUGUAUGGAUACUGUUGUGAUAUUAGUUUUAUUUAUAUCUUAAGUUGACUUAUACCACUAAUGGAGUUUGUCCAAGUUGGAUUUUUCAGAUUUUUCUGUCCUGUCUUUAGGGUCUCUAAGUGAUAAUCCACAACAGUCUGUGCAUUUUCUAGCAAAAAAAAGAUACGAGAUUAGAAUCAGGUCUUUAAAUCUGCCACGGUUAGACUGAUGGAGAAACAUCUGACUCUGAUCCUGCACAAGAGGUGUGGACAAAAUCAAAAUAGACGCGUGCAAUUCAACUUUGCCUCGUGUAGCAUUUUAGCCCUCGGCCCUACACCCAAAGAGUAAACAGUGCCAGCCAAUCAGCUCCUCCAUUUUCCUGCCAACAGAUACAGUCAGACAGCAGCCAAUCAUGUUGCCUAAUGAGGAGAGAAAGGUGCUUGUUGUUGUGGUGACUUUUCUGGCUAAGCUCCAAUCGUGGAUCACUCACCUUUUUUUAGAAAAGGUUUUGUCUGGUCACGGGUCAGAAAGGCCAGAAAGGUUCUGAACCCCUUAAGCUGACAGUGGUCAUACUCAGGAUAGCUUUAUGGGAAGCAAGGAGUCCAGUUUUAGUAGAAGGUUUUGUGUCACUGUCGGUAAAUCUCCAUGUAGACCCAAUGUAGCUACACUAUCACUAACACACACUAAUAGCAUCCUGAGCUCGGGUUAAAAUUUUGGCAAAAAAAAGUUUUGUAAAUAGAAUCAGCAUAUUUUUUAACACGUCAAACUGUGCUUUUCAUUAUUUGUUCUCUCGUUUUCUUUUCUUGUGUUGUUCUCUGUUCAUCCCCAGGCCAAAUAGUAUUUCUACUGUUGUCACUGUCUGUACUCUGCCGCUCAAGCUUUAUUUUGGUCAACAUUAAGUUCCCAAAGCCUUAAUUGAAAUAACUUUUUUUUUCCCUUAUUGCCACUUGUCUCCACAUUCAGCUCAUCUUAAGCAUUCUGUUCAGUGUAACAUUAAAGUAAUUGAUUUGUGUUAAGCA